AUGGAUAAAUGCACUAACGUCAGCAGCAAAUAUAAAUUCAAAGAUGCCUGCACUAAGCUCGCUCUAGCGCCAGAAGCAGCAGCAGCAGCAGAAACAACAGCAGCGAGCAGCAAGCAGCAACUGCAGCAGAAGCAGCACGACUGCGCCAGCAGAGACCGCAGUAGCAGCAGCAGCAGCAAGCAGAGAAUAGCCGCAGCCGCAACAGCAGCAGCAGCCGCAACAGCAGCGGCCGCAACAGCAGCAGCAGCAGCCAGAGCAGCCAGAGCAGCAGCAGCAGCAACAGAAGUAGCAGCAGCAGAAGAGGCUGUACAAAGUUGGCAAGUCUUCCUCAGUGCUGCUGCUGCAUGCAGCACCCCCACAGCUUGGGGCCCUGAAAAGCGGCUGCUGUAUUUAACGAAAUAG